AUUAUGCCCAAUAUUCUUGUCCAACAAACCAAAGGUCCAAUAUUAAUUAAAGGCUUGAGGAAGCCGAGCAAACAUCUCUGGAGUUGGGAUCCGACAUCUAUCAUCCACAAACGGUUGAACGCUCCGCCAAGUCGCCGGUUUCAUCCUCCGUCAGACGCCAACACGCAGCACAUCAGCAGCACCGCAGCACGCCUCUUCAGUCUUCAACUACUCAUAUCACUCCCGUCGCUCAGUCGCCUGCUCUCCGCCACUCAACCUUCAGCGGCUCAGUCAAUCGGCGCUUCCCUCAAUUUUCACAUCCAACCAUUCGUAGUCCUGUGGAUGCUACAAUUUAUUCUGAAGAAGCUCUUGCUUGAGUGGAAUUGUUUUUCUUCUUUUGUGCAGGUGUUUGAAGGCGAACAUGAAACUUGAUUAAAGAUCCAUGUGAUGGUAGAUGUGUUCAUGUAAGAAAGUGUUCCAAGUGAAUUAACCUUCUUGAAAUGGAGUCGUGUAAUUGCAUUGACCCACAAUGGCCUGCCGACGAGUUACUAAUGAAGUAUCAGUAUAUAUCGGAUUUCUUCAUUGCUCUUGCUUAUUUUUCCAUCCCGGUCGAGUUGAUAUACUUUGUCAAAAAAUCAGCAGUUUUUCCUUACAGAUGGGUGCUUUUGCAAUUUGGUGCAUUCAUCAUCCUUUGUGGGGCGACACACUUUAUCAACUUAUGGACUUUUGGGAUGCAUACAAGAACAGUUGCCAUAGUCAUGACAACCGCAAAGCUUUUGACGGCAUUAGUUUCAUGUGCGACUGCACUUAUGCUUGUACACAUUAUUCCGGAUUUAUUAAGCGUCAAAACAAGGGAGCUUUUUUUGAAAAACAAGGCUGCAGAGCUGGAUAGGGAGAUGGGCCUUAUCCGUACACAAGAAGAGACUGGCAGACAUGUCAGAAUGCUUACUCAUGAAAUAAGAAGCACUCUUGACCGGCAUACUAUUCUGAAGACUACCCUUGUGGAGUUGGGAAGGACGUUAGGUUUGGAAGAGUGUGCAUUAUGGAUGCCUACCCGUACUGGACUAGAGCUGCAACUUUCAUACACUCUUCGACACCAAAACCCUGUUGGAUUUACCGUUCCAAUUCACCUUCCUGCCAUCAGUCAGGUCUUCAGUACAAACCGUGCAGUGAAGAUAUCGCCGAAUUCUCCUGUAGCAAGACUACGGCCUGCUGGGAAGUACAUGCCUGGGGAGGUAGUUGCUAUCCGUGUCCCUCUUCUUCAUCUCUCUAAUUUCCAAAUCAAUGACUGGCCUGAACUCUCAACAAAACGCUAUGCUUUGAUGGUCUUGAUGCUCCCUUCUGAUAGUGCAAGACAAUGGCACGUCCAUGAGUUGGAGCUUGUUGAAGUUGUCGCUGACCAGGUUGCUGUUGCGCUCUCUCAUGCUGCAAUUUUAGAAGAGUCAAUGAGGGCAAGGGAUCUUCUCGUGGAGCAGAACAUUGCCCUUGACUUGGCAAGAAGAGAAGCCGAGACAGCUGUACGUGCUCGUAAUGAUUUCUUGGCUGUUAUGAACCAUGAGAUGAGAACUCCCAUGCAUGCAAUUAUAGCACUCUCUUCGUUGUUACAAGAAACAAAGUUGAGCCCCGAACAGCGUCUCAUGGUAGAAACAAUUCUAAAGAGCAGCAACCUUCUGGCAACUCUCAUCAAUGAUGUCUUGGAUCUUUCAAGACUAGAGGACGGUAGCCUUCAACUUGAGAUAGCCACGUUUAACCUUCAUGCACUUUUCCUGGAGGUCCAGAAUUUGAUCAAGCCGAUUGCGUCGGUUAAAAAGCUGUCUGUCAAUCUGAAUUUGUCUUUAGAUUUACCUGAGUUUGCUAUUGGUGAUGAAAAGCGGCUCAUGCAAGUGCUUUUGAAUGUUAUUGGCAAUGCUGUAAAGUUCUCCAAAGAAGGCAGUAUAUCGAUUUCUGCAUUCGUCGCUAAAUCUGAAUUUUUAAGAGAUCCUCAAGCUCCUGACUUCUUCCCGGUGCUAACUGAAAAUAACUUUUAUUUACGUGUACAGGUUAAAGAUAUGGGAGUGGGAAUUAACCCUCUGGAAAUUCCCAAGAUCUUUAGCAAGUUUGCUCAAAACCAAACAUUGACCCCAACUAAAAACUCUGGUGGUUCUGGGCUUGGCCUUGCCAUUUGUAAGAGGUUUGUCAAUAUAAUGGAAGGACAAAUAUGGAUGGAAAGUGAAGGUGUUGGAAAGGGAGCUACUGCUAUUUUUAUUGUCAAACUUGGAAUUCCUGGACUCUCAAAUGAACUAAAACCCUCCUUUGGUCAAAAGCACCCACCCAAUCAUGCCCAUACAAUCUUUUCAGGGCUCAAAGUCUUGCUUAUGGAUGAUAAUAGUAUGAGCAGGACAGUGACCAAGGGACUACUGUCGCACCUCGGCUUUGAUGUAACAACUGUCUAUUCUGGAGAUGAAUGCUUGAGAGUUGUUAACCAUGAGCACAAGAUAGCAAUCAUAGACAUGUCCAUGGCAGGCAUAGGUGGAUAUGAGCUACUUUCUAAUCAGAUACAUGAGAAGUUUUCAAGACGCCAAGAGAGGCCAUUCAUUGUUGGCCUAAUAGGAACUACAGACCGAGUGAUAAAAGAACGAUGCUUGAGGGCGGGUAUGGAUGGAGUAAUACUCAAACCUGUUUCUGUGGAGAAAAUGAGAAAUGUUUUAACUGCGCUUUUUGAGCAUGGGGUUGUACUUGACAUGCAGUAGGAUAGGAGGAAGUUGUACUUCAAGGAUAUACUUUGGCAAUGAUAUGAAUGCACCUUGGAGGUGUGUAUAUACAAUUCAGCAUUCCGGCAAUCUGGAGAAGUUUGUGGAUCCAACUGUUUACAACGGGAGAAACUAUCUUGGGUGGAGAAACUAAAGACCCUUUUGAUUUGCAGAGAAGCAAGAUUUUUUUUCAAGUUAUUCUUGGAAGUGUUUGAAUCUACUAUCUUGGAUCACCUUCUCUUAGAAACCAAGAGUCCAUGACACCUUUAAUUUGUAGAUGAUGAUGCACAUAUCUUGGGAAGUAGCAUUUUCCCGUUUCCGGAACGUAAACGGAAACUCCUACUUUCUAGGUUCAAGUUAGGAAAAAAAUUGACAUUACCAUGUGUUGUUUUUCACGGUCCCCGUUUUUGUUUUCCUACAAUAUAGGCUUCAGAAAUGCUUUAAGAAGUCAUAAGUUAAUGUGCAAUUGUGCAUCAGUGCAUGCAUUUUUCUUCUAUGAAUGACACAUUUGCUCAUUCUUAUUUACCUUGUACCACAUAUAUGUACAAUAUGACAUUAAUUGAUUGUGUAUGGCGUGUCAAUGUGUCAUAGUGAAUUUUCA